UGUGAACCCAUGUUUGGCUGAAUGAGAAUUCCUACUAAAGAAAUUUAUUGACCUGGGAAGGAAAUGCUGUGUAAACAGGCUAAUGUCUCCAGACUGCAAAGAUCUCCAUGUAGGGCAGCAGGAAUCUGCUUUGACUGAAACAUUGGGCAGGAGCUUUGCCAGUGAGUGGCCAAGAAAGAGGCUGCAUUGUUACACUAUGGAGUUCAAACUUCAGAAGACUUUGGGUUAAGCAGUAACAUUUACUCUGUAAAUGAUUAUGUCGUCACCUGUCCUCUGUGAUCAUCACAAACUAAUGAAACACCCUUUUAGGUCUUGUAAGUUUAGGUUACACCAUUUUCCAUAUGCUCUGGCAGCUGAAACAGGAGCCUAUAAAAAAUGGAACCAAACUCUCUGAGGACUAAAGUCCCAGCUUUCUUAUCUGAUUUGGGGAAAGCCACAUUGAGGGGAAUCAGAAAGUGUCCCCGAUGUGGUACAUACAAUGGAACCCGUGGGCUGAGCUGUAAGAACAAGACAUGUGGAACCAUAUUCCGCUAUGGUGCACGGAAGCAGCCUAGUGUUGAAGCUGUCAAAAUCAUAACAGGCUCUGAUCUGCAGGUCUACUCAGUGCGACAAAGAGACCGGGGCCCCGAUUACCGAUGCUUUGUGGAGCUAGGUGUUUCAGAGACGACAAUCCAGACAGUAGAUGGGACAAUCAUCACUCAACUGAGCUCUGGACGGUGUUAUGUCCCCUCCUGCCUGAAAGCUGCCACCCAGGGUGUUGUGGAAAACCAGUGCCAGCACAUCAAGUUGGCAGUGAACUGUCAGGCAGAGGCUACCCCUCUGACUCUGAAGAGCUCAGUUCUGAAUGCGAUGCAGGCUUCCUCGGAAACCAAGCAAACCAUCUGGCAGUUGGCCACAGAACCCACGGGUCCACUUGUACAGAGAAUUACUAAAAACAUACUGGUGGUGAAAUGCAAGGCAAGCCAGAAGCAUAGUUUGGGGUAUUUGCAUACAUCCUUUGUGCAGAAAAUCAGUGCCAAAAGCUUGCCUGAGCGCCGUUUCUUCUGCUCCUGCCAGACUCUGAAAUCACACAAGUCGAAUGCCUCCAAGGAUGAGGCAGCACAGAGAUGCAUUCAUUUCUUUGCUUGCAUCUGUGCCUUUGCCAGUGAUGAGACAUUGGCUCAGGAAUUCUCAGACUUCCUAAAUUUUGAUUCCAGCGGUCUUAAAGAGAUUAUUGUGCCCCAGUUGGGUUGCCAUUCAGAAUCAACAAUAUCAGCUUGUGAAUCUACUCCAUCUAAGGCAAAGAAGAGGAAAAAGGAUGAAGUAUCUGGUGCACAUACGAACAGUUCACUCUUGCCUCAAGAUGCAGUUAGCAGUAAUCUAAGGAAAAGUGGCCUGAAAAAGCCUGUCGUCGCUUCUUCAUUAAAAAGGCAGGCCUGUGGUCAAUUGUUAGAUGAGGCACAAGUGACCUUGUCCUUCCAGGACUGGCUGGCCAGUGUCACAGAACGCAUCCAUCAAACCAUGCACUAUCAGUUUGAUGGCAAACCAGAGCCACUGGUGUUUCACAUUCCUCAGUCCUUUUUUGAUGCCCUGCAACAGAGAAUAUCUAUAGGAAGUACAAAAAAACGGCUUCCCAACUCCACCACAGCUUUUGUUCGAAAAGAUGCCUUACCACUGGGAACCUUUUCCAAGUAUACCUGGCAUAUCACUAAUAUCCUGCAAGUUAAGCAAAUCUUAGAUACUCCUGAGAUGCCCUUGGAGAUUACCCGUAGUUUUAUCCAGAACCGGGAUGGGACUUACGAGCUGUUUAAAUGCCCUAAAGUGGAAGUAGAGAGCAUAGCAGAAACCUAUGGUCGUAUAGAAAAGCAACCAGUGCUGCGACCCUUGGAACUAAAAACUUUUCUCAAAGUUGGCAACACUUCCCCAGAUCAAAAGGAACCAACCCCUUUCAUCAUCGAGUGGAUCCCAGACAUCCUUCCACAAUCCAAGAUUGGUGAGCUGCGGAUCAAGUUUGAGUACGGUCACCACCGGAAUGGCCAUGUGGCAGAGUACCAAGACCAGCGGCCGCCCCUGGACCAGCCCUUGGAACUAGCCCCUCUGACCACCAUCGCUUUCCCUUGAGGCAAAACGAAAGUUUCUUUUGCUGCUAAAUUUGCACAUCCUCACCCCUUGACAACUUUAAAGACUAGUUAGGUACUUAGAUGGCCCUGUUCCUCGGUGAACUGCUUUUUGCAAAGAUGCAAUUUCUUAACGCAUCCAGGUGAAUUCUCUUGAAGAAAAACUCUUCUUAUAAAUAGCCUUUUUGGUGCUGCUGUGUAUAGUCUUCAUUAUAAAUGGGGUGGUAUUUCUGGCUAAAGUUUUUAAAGGAAAAAAAAGAAUAUCAGCUCACUUUCCUUCUUAAAGGAUUCACCUUGGAAGUAGUUAGCAACACUCCACCGUACACUAACAGUGUUGGAUAGUCAAUAAUAGGCUGGUUAAGAAGAAUGUUAAGGACCAUCCUUGUCAGAAUUCCAGUCAUGCCCUUUUAUUCUGUUACCAAAUAAAGCACAGUGUCGCUAGUUUUUCCAAAUUA